UAUGAUGGCUGAAGGAAAGUACCGUAUAAUGGCAUAGUUUGGGCAUAAUUCUGCCAAGACUGUUGGCCUCUACAAAGUUUUUGUGGGCAUGGAAUGAGGGAUUUUAUGAUCGGCUCUUUUAUUUGGAAAAUGGUUGUCUCUCUUCAGUGGCUUGACUUAAUUCUGUUUAUGACAGCAGGGGGAAAUAUUUGUUUAAAGUUUAAUCCGUACAAAGGUAGGAGUUCAAUAUAGUCAUUAUUUAAUAUCUCUCUCUCCUAUCUCCUUAUAUUUUCUCCUUUCCUGAACUGAAGGAUCCCAGGCUCCCGCGAACACAUUCACAUCAGAUCAGCCAGAAGGCACGAAGCUGCAGGAAGGUCGGAGACCAGCUUCAAUCCGGGAUAGGCACAUUGCUGAGCGAAGUGAAAGUUACUUUCCUCUUCUCGAAGGCGCCAUGGCCGCAAGAGGGGGGAUACAGGAGCUGCAGGAGGCUGUUAUCUGUUCCGUUUGCCUGGCUUAUUUUAACGACCCGGUGAUUCUCAAGUGUGGACACAACUUCUGCCGAUCCUGCAUCACUCAGUACUGCCAGGAGUCCGAAACCUCCCCCCCGUAUCCCUGCCCUCAGUGCAGGGAACCCUUCCGGGCAGGGGAGUUCCAGCCCAACGGGGUGCUGAGAAACGUGGUGGAAAUAGCCAAAAAAAUCCCAGCGCCAAGCAGGGAGAGAGCGUGUGAAAAACAUGAGGCGCUUUUGCACCGUUUCUGUGAAGUGGAUCAAACCCCGAUCUGCCUGGUGUGCAGAGAGUCCCGCAGCCACAGAGACCACCCCGUGCUUCCUGUCGAGGAGGUGGCCCAGGAUUACCAGGAACAAAUUCAGAGACAUUUGGAGAGUUUGAAAAAAGAGAGAGACGAGAUUCUGUUGUGUAAAUCGAGUGGGGAAAAAACAAGCCAGGAACUGCUGAAACAGCUAAAAACUGGGAGGCAAAAGAUUGUGGCUGAAUUUCAGCAACUGCACCAGUUUCUGGAGGAACAAGAGCGACUCCUGCUGGCCCAGCUGGAAGAGCUGAAUAAGGAAAUUGAAAAGAGGAGGGAUGAAUAUGUUGCCAAACUAUCUGAGGCACUAUUCUCUUUCAGUUCCCUGAUCAGUGAGAUGGAGCAGAAGUUCCAGCUGCCGGCGAGUGAAUUCCUGCAGGACAUCAAAGGCACCUUGAGCAGAUGCGAGAGGGAGACGUUUCAGAACCCAGUGGCCUUUUCUUCUGACCUGAAAUGGAGAAUCUGGGAAUCUUCUCAAAGAAACGCAUCUCUGGAGACCAGAAUGAAGGAAUUCAAAGACUCACUGUCGUCUAGACAGCGAUUUGACAAAGCGAACGUGACUCUGGAUCCACACACGGCCCAUCCCCGACUCAUCCUGUCUGCGGAUCAGAGAAGUGUGAGAUGGGGAGUCACGCGGCAGGAUCUGCCCAACAACCCUGAGAGAUUUGACACUGUGCCCUGUGUGCUGGGCUGUGAGGGAUUCACCUCGGGCCGACACUACUGGGAGGUGGAGGUGGAGGUGGGGAGUGGGGGAGUCUGUGAUGUGGGGGUGGCCAGAGAGUCUGUGAGCAGGAAGGGAGAGAUCAGCCCUAACCCUGAGCAGGGGAUCUGGGCUGUGCGGUGCUGGGAGGAUCAGUACUGGGCUCUCACGUCCUCUGUGCAGAGCUUCCCCUUGUCCCCGAGCUGGGCACCCUGCAGGAUCCGGGUGUAUCUGGACUAUGAACAGGGGCGGGUGUCGUUUUUCGAUGCUGGUACCGGGGACCCGAUUGUCACUUUCCCGCCCGCCUCUUUCGCCGGGGAGAGAAUCCACCCGUUCUUCCUCUGUGCUGUUGGGAGUGUGUGGCUCCUCUAGCCCCCACCCUCCUUAUCUCUAUGGCCUGGAGGACUCAGCCUCCCCCCUUGCACAGACAUGGCUGAAGGGGGGUGACGCUCUACUCGUAACUCUAUGGCUGUGGAGGUCUGUGGGAGGCUCUAGGCUGGCUCUCUGUGCUCCUGGGAGGCCAACUCGGGGGGUGUCCCACUGAGGAAGGAGGGAGUCCCCCUGUGGGAGAGACCCCUCAACUGGGGGGGGGAACAGGGGGGCAGGCCUGGCUGAAGGGGCUGGGGGUGGGUCUGGAGGGGACAGCCCAGAGGGCAAACCAGGCGCCAGGCGGGAGAGGUUCCCAGGAGACCAGGGGCAGGUGUCGCAGGGGAAGCAGAGCUGGGCAGGGAGGACCCAGCUGCACAGACAACGUCCUGCCCCUUGGCUUGGGGCGCACAGAGGCUGGGGACCCGUCGGGCCCCCCAGGGUUCCCCCAAUCAGAGCCCAGGACUGGAGCCCUCUGCUCCCCUCCAGCGGCUCUUCCAGCUGCGUUAGCAGGACACUGGGUGACGAGCUCCUAAGCGCCCGGGGGCAGCGUUUGAGUCUCGCCAACUGUUGAGAACAGGCCACUUCCACCUUAAUUGAAUUGGCUCGUUAGCACUGACCCCCCACUCGGUCCGGCAGCUCCCCUCUGUGCACGUGCUGUGUGUUUAUACCUCCCCCCUGUAUGUUCCACUCCCUGCAGCCGAUGAAGGGGGUUUAGCCCACGAAAGCUUCUGCCCAAUAAACGUGUUGGUCUCUAAGGUGC